AAAAAAAUGUAGUUGAAAAAAUAAAAAAUAAAAGAGUGAAAUUUAUUCUGAUGUUUGUUUCUGUAUUAUGAUUCUGUUGUGAACUGUAUAAAAUUCCUGAUAUAUUUAUGUUGAUGCCAGUAUAUUCACCAAUCAUAAUAAUAGCUAAAUUGUGAAGCCAACAAGCUUGUUUAAUAACAUAAAUACAGCAUUAUUUGAUUUUUUAGCUAAUAAAAACACAGUUGUUCAAAGUGAACUGUGUUCCGAUGUCAUUCUCAAGCAAAAUAAUUGAGAAUUAUUAAUAAAGAAUAUUGCAAGAUAAGGUAAAGGAAGUCAAUGUCAUAUUUAUCAUGUACAAAUAUUAUAUACUUUUCCCAAUGCAAAUGUUAACAAUAGAGAUUUUAAAAUUCCACUCGACUAUGAGAAAGGAUUCAUAAACAGUUGUCAUUUAGUUAUUCUAUUGAAAAAAAUCAUAUUGAUUUUGAUCACAUGGGACUAAGGCAAAAGCAAGUGACUUCAUUGAGAAACUUAAUCCCAGGCCACAUGAAUUAAGUUCAAAUUGGCAUGGAGAAUAUUUCAUAGCAAAAAUAUAGGUAACUGGUUGUCGUAAGAGUAUAGAUUUAUAAAGAGAGAAAAUAUGAGUGGAAAAGAGAGUAGGAGAAUGCUCUUAUUAGAAUACCAUCUUCGAUUUCACUCGAAUAGUAAUACUUUAGUCUCUAUUUUAUUUUGAUAUGAUAGUCUGAAACAUGUUGAUUUUCUAUUAGCAGAAAAAUUAAUUUUUCAAAUGUAAGGCCUAUUUAGAAAUAUUGAAAACUUAGAUGGAAUCAUUAUCAAUUUUGCUAUUGAAAACUUGACUAAUAUGCUCAAAAGAUGCACCAAAGAUACAUUUAGUACAAAUGAGUGAAAAAGUGAGAAUUUAUUUCCAUGCGUAAGUCUACUAAAACUAAACCCACUACACAAUACAUAAUGUUUAUGUAGUGAAAACCUUUGACAAUAUGAAGGUGAUUCUAUUUGAAAAGAUAGACAGACGUACAUUGUAACAUGACACUAGUGAAAACAUACAGAAAACAAUGGAUUGUUGUCAUCAAGACAAAGUUGAAUACACUUUCCAGAAACCAAUAUACCUAUCAAUCAUCAGAUUGAACGAAAUGAUUGAUGAAGUAUAGUUAUCCGAGAGUGGGUCGUGCUUAGAAUAUUCCGGAGAAUAGUUGUACUUAAAGGUGAUUUAAGUGGAAUAUGACAUAAAUUCCAACUCAAUUGGUAAAUUCAAAAAUAAAAUUUAUUGAAGAAAAUUACUAUUCAAAACGAUAUUAAACUGUUUAAUUGAUAAUAACAUUUAUAUUUGAAAUUAUUAUUUGCUUGUUGCAAUAUGAAAUGAUCCAAACAUUUAUAAUGGGGUUGAUCUAAAGAAAAAUUGACAAUAUCAAACGACAUGAGUGCUGCUAGAUUCUCAUAAUUUCAUUUAAGCUAUGAUUUAUUAAAUGAACUCUAGUAACAUUUGACACAAUCAAACACUCGAAAACAAGUUUUCUGAUAACAUAAUGAUUGACGCAAAACAAAUUUUAGAAUGAGAGAGACUGACAAUGAUACAUUUGUAGAACAAUGGGCGAUGAUGUAAAUAAAUUCUAUAUAAAGAAGUCAAACAAUUACAAAGAUAUCUUGUUUCCCAAAUGAAAAACAUAUGUAGGAAUGAAGAACUACUGGAACUCAUUCUAGCAUUAGUAUAGAGAGCGUGCAAGGUGGUUUUUGUAGACAAGAUGUUAUUAUGAGUUACAUGAGAUAAUAUACAAUUUAUUAUUUUUAAAAAUCUGUUUUGGAUAUAUUUCCUUCUUAGGUUUGCCAAAAAUGUAUUACAAUAUUUAGUAUGACCACUUCUCUCAGUGGAAUAAAUCAAAGCAACAUCAAAUACGUAGUUUGCCAACAAUUUCCAAGUCUCGUUUUUGUGAACCGACUGGUCUAAAUUCACAAUAUAUGUCUUACUUAUAUGUCACUAUUUUAAUCAUUCAGGCACUUAAUAUUGCCGAUGUGAAUUGACUACUAAAGUUUCAAAUUUUGGUAGAAUAUUAUUCAGUUAUAACUUUUGUCAAAUGAACAACUGUUUAUCAACACAAUAAAAGUAAGGUCUUAAUUUUAAUAAAUAUUACUCAAACAUAAGAGACGAGACAUUCUUGCGAAAGAGCAAAAUGGAGGUCACCGAAAAUCCUCAUCAUUUGGAUCCAUAUGAAAUACAUCAAGAGAACAUGCAGAGACUGAAAGUUUUGACAACUGUGAGUAACUCAAGUCGCUCAGCUCCGAAUUCUCCCAUGCUAAGAAGAGCAACAGCAAAUGACAAACUGGAAGGAAAAAAAAGCAAUCUUCUCUCACCAAUGCUACCUCGUAAAAAUGCACAAAUCUCAGAAGAGAGCAGAUCAAGAAGUUUGACCCAUCUUUCAAAAAGUGAUGGAACAAGAAGUAGAAGUAUUUCACCAAGUCUGAAGAAUUUAUCACCGAAUGAAUCACCAAUAGGCUCUCCAAUGACUGUCAGUGAUCGAAUCAUUCGAACACAUUUCCUCAGCAAUACAACUGGAAAACCGGGAAGUUACUUACUGAAAAAAUCUGAUGAUAUUGUCAAACAGAAGGGAAGUCCAACUGGCUCUCCACAAAUGCUGGCAAGUCCCAGUUUAGAAAGAAGAUAUUUGAGUCCAAACAUUCCCAGAAAAUUACCCCCAUUAAACAAUGAAGGUUCAAACAAGCUCUCAAUCCAAGUAAAACCUCCAGCAACAAUUGUAAUUUCUCCAGCAACUGAGGAGUCCAACAAUAUGAUCGCAAAUCCGAACAUUAAGAAUGUUGAGCAAGUGCAAACAACAACAAUUUCAAAAAAAGAGAACAAAAAAUCAGCAUUGACUGCAAAGCAAAAUGAAGAUUUAUCCAGUAUAAAGGCAAAUAGGCAAUUUGCAAAUGAAGACGACAGUGGCCCUCCACCCAUUUCAGAUAUUCGCAAAAGUAUUGGAGAGACUCUUUUAAAACCUAAAGUGUCUAAUGAGACGACAGAAACUAAAAAGAUACCCAGUACUAAAGCAAAAAUAUUAAAGGAAAAUGGCCCAUCAAAAACUAUCAGCAAUUCAAAAACAAAAGAAAGUGAAUCCAAACAAAGAAAACAUCGCUAUAUUAAAUACGGCAAUACAAACAAAAGUCCAGGUUUCUUAUCUCCUCCCACUGAACCAAGAGGGAGCAAAGAUCUAUCAGCAGCAAUGGAAAAUAUAUACAAAGGGAGAGAUAGAAGGGUCUUCGAAGAUUUAGAACAUCUGGAAGAAGUGAGUGUUGGAACAAGUGAUGAAGAUCAUGGGGAACAUUUAUCUAUAUCUGCAGAAGAAUUGAGAGAAUCUUCAGCAGGGGGUGUUCCACAAGUGUUCACAAUGCCUCCAGUUUUCGACAAUAUACCCAAACAACUACAAGUUCGAGACUACAGCAUACCAAUGUCUCUGGAAGACAUGGCACUUACAGAAGAAGAAUGGGAAAACAUGAAGCAAUGUAGAUAUUUACGUGUAGGAGAAAAUGCAGAAGAAGAUGAAGAGGAAGAAGAACUUACAUUUUCAGAUGAUGAUGAAGAAAGUGAAGAAGAAGAGCAAAUGAUAAGUUAGACAGAAUAUGUCCAAAUAUUUAAUGAGACAAUGAGACUUAUUUUGCUCAUAUGUUACAGCAUUAAACAUUCAAAAUUUCAUGAUUACCAAAUCAAUUUCUUUUGUAGUAGCUGAUUGUUAUUGUCAAUUUCAUUUGCAACUAAAUAACAGUUGUACAUCAGUCACAAACCUAUUACUCUUAAUGAUUUUCCUUUUUAAAUAUCGCAUUACAUUGAUAUUUUGUAUAUUAUUUCAGUUUUUCAUUUUGAAAAAUAAAACAAUUGCGAUAAGUAUUACUUGAACAAGCAUUACUCUUAUGCAUAAUGAUUCUUUACUUAUUUGUCAUAAUUUAUGCUUACAUUUCAUAUUAUAUCCUUUAUAAGAAAUCCCCCAGCAAAAUAUAAAUAAACACCUAUUAUCUUUAAACAGCAUUAUUUUUGUUUUGAUAUUUGUCGAUUGUUUCCUAAUUAAUAAAGACUAA